ACGUAAGGUGUCCAAUAUGGCGUCCGUGAAGCCAAAUCUAUCUCGUUCAUAGAACUCGUGUUUGGUUUAUUCCAUUUUGCGUUGGUAAUAUUUAAGAAUUUAGGAUGGCAGCGGUUCUGCGAGGCGCCGCUGUUGCCUCAGCGAAUCGAGGUCAGCCAAGUUCGUUCUAUAGCAAAGAUAAAACGAAUCCAGUGUUUCAGUCGCUGGAGCAGGAGACAAAAAAGUUCAUGGGCUACAUGAAAAAACGGAACGUGGCUGGUUACCAGAAGCCAGAUGAUGAACCCUGUUCAAGACCGGCAGACACAUUGUUUGACCUAUGGAAUAAGUACGAGCCCAAGCUGCCGAAGAUGUACUACCAAGAGAAACUAUUAGAAAUGGGCGACUUUUUGAUGACUGUUCAGGAGUACAGUUUGGCUCUGUGGCAGUGCUAUGAACGCUACCUACUCCACUUUGAACAUGUCAAUGAAGAGGAGAUUACUGAUGUUGACACCUUCAAGACUACGUUUUUCCCUGAAGGAUUUGACAGUGAUGAUGCUGGACUAACGUUUCGUGCAUUAAUGGGGAAGAGCAUCAGUAUGUACCAGGUGGUGCGGGUUGGUGAUCCCAAGCUACAGAACAAACAGUCGGUGGACAGAUGUGUCCAGAUUCUCUCCUUCCUCAGGCUUGUUAUGCAGGUAGUCCUGCCUCAGGAGAAACUCUGCUGGCUAGUGUAUAACGGAACAAUCCAUAUUUACAGUGUCUCUAGACAUAUGAUGUCACUUGGCCACUCGGCAAGAGUGAUUGAAUAUCUGCUGUGGGCCAGUGUUUGUAUGGAGACAUCAGUACCCCUCCUGGCUGUUAAGUACCUACCCUGGAGAGCAACCCUAUACACCGCAGUGUGUCAGUGCUACUUUGAUUGUAAGGUCUCUCAUCACGCAGAGAGGUCCGAGUUUGAAAUGAAUGCAUUUGCAAGACGAGGCUUAGCCAAGAUCAAUGAACUAAGUCGACUGGAGAGUUUGAGUAGCUCCACAGAGACUUUGGAGUCAGAGGAUGCCUUCCGCCAGGCUACAGUCAAGAUGGCUGUUAUGGUGUUCCGACGCUCAGCUUUUGAAACAAGGAGAAAACCGAAGGGUCUGCUACGUCCCAAGACUCGUGCCAACCUCAAGGAUGCCCAAAAUUUACCUUGGCCACGCACCCCAAGUGAAAAGCUGUUGUCGGACAUGUUAGAGGGCAGUGCCGCCCAGUUCUUGUGUAUCCUGGAGAGUUUGAACGACACAAACCGUCGUACCAUCCUAACAUCACCUCCAGCUGCUGAUAGUGAAGUCGAGAUCCUUGAUGUGUAUGCUGAAUUGUUCCUCGCUGGACAGGAAAUACUUUCUGGUGGAGGUGGUCGUAGAGGAUCGGGGGUAAAACCGACAAGCCACAUCCCUGUACCUGCUCUGUGUGGGGUCAUGAGGGGCAAGACUCUGCUGGGAAUGGCAACUCAUGGUGAAGAUGGAGCCACCAUUGAGGGCGCCAUCAAGUUGGUGAAGAUGGCAUACUGCUUUGAACAGUGGGAGGUGUUUGACCAGUUGAUAGAGAGUGUCCUUAUGUACAUCAGGAUCAUCAAGAAUCACACAAGUGAAUAUGCGUGGGAUGAAAAGGCCCUAGAAUUACUACUGGCCAUGGAGAAGGUGAACCCGAACCGGCGCCACAAACGAACAAUGACCUCCAUUGGCGAGGAGGACAAGGAGAAGGAUAGCAUCAAUCAGGACCUAGGGGCAGCAUCACAGGCAGGAGGGCCCACAUCAGUGAGGUCCCUGAAUCUGGGAGAUGAACUCAUCCACGUAGCUGAAGUGCUCAUAACCAUCAUUACUGGUCCAUUCAAGCCCUCGGACAUAGAGGUGGACAUGGUCGUGGACACCGCCCUCUUCCUGUGGAACAAAACCAAGGCCGUUUUCCAGAAACAUCAGACUGGGUCACUGGACAAUCCCAAAUAUCUGCAGAGGAUGGAUAGCCCUAACAAGUGGGUGUACAUCCUUGACGUGGUACACCAAGUCCUGGGCUGGUGUGGGCUCAGCAGUGUGGACCCAGCCCUCACCGCUGAGGUGGUACUGCGCCUCGCCCUGGUGCUGGAGAGCAGUGCUAACAUGGAUGAUGGGAAAGAGGAAGCCAUAAGGUCAAAGGUCGUGAAGGUAAUGGAAGACGCAAAGGCAGGAGGGGUGAAAAUCUCUCUGCCGAUGAAGGACAUCAUCUCCACUCUGAAGGAGUCAAAGACGUCCCUGUCAGAUUUCGGUAACCUUGGAGACGGUAGCCAGCAGUUUGUCAGUCGUACGUCCAUGCUCUCGUCGUCAAUGCUGAAUGUCAAUCCUCGUAUGCAGCUGAUGCAGGCUCGGGAGAUCCUGGAGAUGGGUCUAGAGAAUGUGUCGUACGCCAGGCAGGCCGUGGCCCUUACGGAUGGGAAAUCUAUCGCCGACGUCAGCUGGGCCAAGGACCUGAAUGAUGAAGUGUUUGAUCCUACUGACACGGAAAGGGAGACAACCAAGUUGACAGAAAGGGAGACAACCAAGUUGACAGAAAGGGAGACAACCAGAGCGACACUGGACACAGCAGCAACUGAGGAUCGCCCUAACAAGGCACCCCUAGAGAGUGUCAAGGGCUCCUCCACAGCAGUGUGGAACACCAUUAAAGACCUUCACCUGGAGCUCAUCCUCAUGUACCACCGAGUCUGUCUCAAGCUGGCCGCCAUGGGACCUGAUCCUGGCGCCAGUGUACAGCGUCCCUUCAAACGCAAGGCUGACCCCAAACUGGUGAGCGAGCCUAACAUUGGGCUGUUGGAUGUGGAGGGGUACAAGGAGCUACUCAGUCACUGUAACAAGAACCACCUGUCAAAGGCGCUGCUCUUCAUGCAGAGGGCGCUGUUACUGAGCGGGGACAAUGUGACCACUUCGACACAGAAAGCAUUAUUGCAGGAUGCAUUGAAGGCUAUUCAGAAGGCUCAGACAGAGGAGAGGCGUGUCUUCACAGAAAACACCAAUGUCACUGAGGAGGAUGUCACGCCCACAAAGAUCCCGCCUCCGCCCAUCCUCCUGUGUCGUACUGACACCAUGAUGGUCUUCAAACCUACCCCCUUUAUACCAGCGGAUGGACAGAAGAUUUCAUGGUACAGAAUAUUUGCGAGAUCAGCUGAGGGCAGUAAUGUGAGAGUGAGGCUGAACGAUCACUUUUUGCCCGGCACUGGAGAACAGGUACCCGGUGAUCGUAGUGAACUGAGAGUGUCGGGACUCAUCCCCAACGGUCGCUACCUGUUUGCUGUGGCUGCUUACAACAGAGAAGGAAAGCUGAUUGGUGAAUCUAUUGGGCAGAGUACCAAGCCCAUCCUGGCCUCCCACCCUCUCCCCGUACUGAUGACAUGGGGAUUCCUCAGCCAGAUAGCAUACCAGGUCGGGUGUUACGACAUCGCCAGACAGGCAUGUGAUGUUUUGUGGAACCACUUUAAAGCAGAACCCCCCGCCCCCCAGAGUGUUACCUAUAUGACAGAGUCAGAGCAGGACUUCAAACUGACCCUGAUGAGGUUGAACCAGAAGGUCGUCUGUCUGUCGUCACCAGUAUUACUUCGCCAAUUCCUCACCAGUAUAUUUAUUGGCGUGGACAUGAGCGUCAGGGAAGGACAACUCUUCUGUGAUGUUCUCUGUGAUAAAGGUCCUCUCUUCAAGGGACAGAUGAAGCGUCUUGCGGAGUGUGAGAGGAUGUUGGUGGCUAUAGAGUUAGCAGGCUGGCUGAAUGAAGCUAACUUGGCCCUCCAAUCUGUAGUCCAGGUGUAUGGUCUGUUGGCUCCCCUCAUCUUCUACAAGAUACCUUCUGUAGCUGUCAUACAGGUUCUUCAGCGUUGUCACGUCGUACUCCAGGAGAUUCCUGCUGGACUGAGACAGAAACGUCAACCGAACAUCGCAGACAGUCUACAUCACAUGACUGCUUCUAUCACCUACCACAUGGCAAAGGUUCUGAGAGCAUGGGGACAGAAACAACUGGCUAACUCACUCAAUGAGUCGGGUCGUAAGCUUUUGGCCCUGGAGACAUUUGACGAGCCGACUAGGAAGGACACUCAAAAAACCCCUGGGGAUGGGACAACAACUGCAGCUAGUGAUCUGCAGGUAGACAUAUCCAUUGACAACACUGACUCAGACACAGCACCACUACAGAUGAUGAAAAAGAAGCGUGCAAAGAAAAUGGGGGCAGGCGGUCAAGGGACCAAGGAGGAUGGGGACGGACCCACCAAUGAGGAGCUGAAGGCCUUGGAGGCCCACAUGCUGAGUCUGUCCAAACAGGCACAGUAUGACCAUGAACUGACCGGCUAUGAAGACCCCAGCAUCCUCCACGCCUACAUUGCAUACCUGCCAAGUAAACUGGCCUAUCGAGAAGUGGCCAAGUUCAAGCGGCGCCAUCGUUACCUGGAGUUCUUCGUCCAGGUAGCCCAGAAGGCCCUUACAGAGGGGAUGUCCCAGCAGGCUGCAGACUGGUGUGAUGAGACAGCUAACUGGCUUACCAGACGCAAUGAGCAGAUCAUUGGUAUGAAGCCAUUCCUAGGUAAGCAGCCUGGGGCAGGGGUUGUCACGGUGACGGGGGAUGAUCCAAAGCGUUUCCACGCAGCAGUGGUGGAGUACAACAAGGAAAAGGACAUGACAGUCCCUAAGAUCCCUGGCCAGAUGUCCAAGGCCUCUCCCAGCAAGUCCUCCCCCUCAAAGGCCACGCCUCGGCCCAAACGCCGGCGCCAAUACAAGCCCCUCCAAGUUAACCCCAACAUGACUGAAGCUGCGAGACAAGCCCAGGAGGAAGCAGAACUCAAGGCGAUCGAAAAGUUCACGGCCCACCUGCCCGACAUGUUCAAACAGUGGUUAAGACGAAGGCGUCUGCGCAAACUCUGUAUUGAUGAGUUACCAUGGAGAUGUCAGCUGACGUUAAUCCAGGGAUUGAGUCACUUCUCCUCAUUCCUACACAAGUUAGAAACACGAGACAAGGUUCUCGGCACCUCCAGCAGUAGCAUGUACAGGACCAACUUCCUAGACCAGGAAUGGUUCACGUAUGAAACUGCAGGGACUCUAGUAGUUGGCUGGGAGGGAGGACCGACGAGGAAGAGCGGGGACAAUAAACGCCAGAGGUACAACGGGCAGGGUUUCGACGAGUCUGACAUGGACAACAUGGAUGUUGGGUAUGAGCAGGAGGCACGUCCUCGCACUACUGCCACCGGCAUAGAAAUCGCCGCAGCCAUGGCAACAGGCAAUGCCCCACCCCCUCUGUACUUUAUACCGCCUGAGCCCGAGGACACGCCUCGUACAUACAGGUCUGAUGUCAGUAACAUGCCCAAGGCUACAGCCAAACCUAUGGACAACAUCAUGCUAUCAUCCAAGGAUACAGAGGAGGCCCUCCAUAGGACCUUCACCUACUUCAGGAGGGCCAUAAAUUUGGCCCACAGAGGUCAGCACUGGACAUUAUUACAGAAUGCAUGUCGGUCACUGUGGAAUUGUGCCCACACUGCCCUCCUGCGAGCUUUCUCCCCGAACCCCAACACGGACGACGGUCUGCUGUCCAUUGACCAGCUGCGCGGUCUAGUGUGGAGGCCAUUUUACAUGGCAGCGGACUGUGUCCUGGACAUGCUUGCUCAGUUCCAGCUGGAUCUAGAGGCCCAUGCCAAUAAGGAGAGGAAGAAGAACCGUAAGCUCGGAGAACUGUUUGAGUCAUGGACAGGGGAGGCCAAGGAUGAAAAAGGAGGAGCCAACCUGAAGUUUGAGAAUCCUCUAGACAACCUGAGCAUCAGUGACUUGCGCUGGGUACGGAGACUGGUGAUGAGAGUCAUGGAGCUGUUGUACUAUGAACAGAAGUGGGAAAAGCUGGUAGACAUCGCUCUCAGGUUCAGCGCUCUGUCCAAUGACCGGUAUGCGGAGCAGGUGAUACCGGUAUUGGUUCAGGCCCAGAGACAGCUUGAGGAUCAGAUCUAUGAGCUGGGCGGGGAGGUACCACCUCAGUCACACAUCAAACUCCUCAUGCAGCAGGUGAACGGCGUUAUCACAGCCAAGAAAUACAUACACAGCCAGUUGGUCGUCAGCAGUGACAAGCUACGCUCAUCUAACAUACAGCCCGGAGCACAGAUUGACCCCCUCGGCCAUGGCGCUUACACAAGUGAGGAUGGUAAGAGGAAUGUAUCGGUGCCCCUGGACGUACCCCACAGUCUGUCUGUACUGAGAACAGUGUUUGACAAGUCCCAGUACACAUGCCACGCCCUCCAACACAGCCGACGACUCCUGGUCCUCUAUCUGGCUGGACAGCAGAACUCAAGUGACUUACCCCUGAGUCGACAAGUGUCCAAGGUGGAGUUCACCCCCAACACAGCACGCCCCCAGCCUACCAUGCCCCUCGACAUCAGUCGUGAGGAAUAUCUACAUAUUGACGAUGUUCAGACUUCAUGCAUGCCACGCUCACAGCUGGGCACUGUUAUCUCCUCGUAUGAAAAGACCAUAGAAAUGUUGAUAGCCAAAAACCAACGAGGCCUAGCGGCCCAGGCAAUGCAUGAACUGGGUAACCUCCAGUACCACUCCUCCAACAUCAGGUCGGCGUACCAGUGGUGGGCGGAGUCCCUUGACUACACCCUCAACACCUCCGAUGCUCUCCACACCUGGCGCCAACUCUUUGAUAACAGCACCGAUGUCAGCUCGGACAUGCUGCAGCACUGUGGUCUGUGGGGAUGUGUACUUGGGGGUGUCCUUGCUUCAAAGAUCGCUCAGUAUAUACUGACCCAGGACCUUGGUCUGCGUAUGGAGUGCUGCUUCCUGUCUGGGUACUUCUUCAAGGCCCUGUUCCGAUCCUCCCUACCCCACCCUACUGCAGAUCGUGACUAUGCCAUGUACGAGGUCGGAGAGGGUUGUGAGGUCACAAACCUUGUCCCAGGCAUUGACCUCUUAUCCGACAAGUUUCGGAUGGACGGACGCACACUGGUGUCAUCUCUACGCUGGACAUCAGAAGAACUGGCGAGAGGCAGACAUAACCUCUUUGUGCUGCCACUGCUGACUCUGUACCUACACUUCACGACCUUUGUUUGCCGUGACCUCCAGCGUUGUGUUGAUGGCCGUAUCUUGAAGGUGCGGAUCCUCACAGACAUGUCGCUGUUCACCGAGGCGAUUAUCACACUUCAGCGACUUCUGCAUGGGGAGCGACUCCCACAUACAGGCGAUAGCAACUUCCGUCAGGUGGAGUCCAAGAUGAAGCCUGUGAUGUUCAACACAGCCAAGCCUAUUACAGAGCCAGCAAACAUGAAGCUGCUGGAGAACCUCCUAGACAAACGACUUCCCUCUAGUCUGGCCACGCUGUACGGUCCACACAUGACCUGUCACCUAGCGCUGGUCCAGGCCCACUUCUUUGUGUCCCUGGGGGAGAGUAUUCCUGUCAUCCCCGUCAUUGAGGAUGUGUUCUGCCAUGUUUCCACCAUUAUGCGCAAACUUGUGUCUCGCUACGUGAGGCAAGUCAGGGUACCUGAAGGGCAGGGGUCACUUAAACCAUACACUAUGAGUACAAUGACAAAAAACAAGAACCUGAAAGGCACCAACAGUAUGACAUCCAAACAACAGAAAGCGAAGUCAGCCGCCGAAAGUCGCAAGGAUGCUGAGGACGACCUGGAGAGUUUGGAGAGCGCUCAAGUCAAGCGACGCUUUACCAGCAGUAAGAAACCACUGACACUGGAGCUCAUCAAGGGCACAUUGCUAGCUGUGGCUGACCAGAUGGUGUCCACUAUAGCAGAAGUCAUCCAAGAAAAUGCUGAACAUGCUGAAAAUGGGCUGGAGAAGUUACCUGCUGCUGAGCUAGAGCUGGUGGUGUUGUGUAAGCUACAACAGGCCACCAUCGCGCGACAGAAACAGCACGCUCCACUGGCUGCUCGCAUCGUCCUGUCAUCCAUCAAACUUCUCAAGUCAUCUGACCUCUUCAAACCCAAAAAGGAUGUUCCCCAUCCUCCGAGAGGAAACACAACUCAAGACAGUCACACACGGGAUCGCCAAAAGCCCUCGUCCCUGAAGGGUCAGAACAGUUCACGCAGAAUCCACUACGCGGAGGAUGUGAAGAUUGUGUCUCCGGAAACAAACCAGUUCCAGUUCCAAAACUUCCAGAGUCGGUCGCGUCUUGAUGCCCGUCUUUGGCUUGACUGUCGCCAGGCACUGGUGAAGUGUCUCAUGCUGCAGGUUGGCGGCCUCGGACAAAUGAAAGUUGAUCCAGAUAUCAAAGUCCUCCAGGAGCUUGCCGAUUGUCGCCAGUACUGUGUUGAGGGUCUGAGUGAGGCUGAAGCUUGUGGGGACAAUGAGACCCAGGCAGACUUCCUGAUGUCAGGGGCCUUCCUCAACAUCAUAGAGGGCAAGAGUCUGGAGCACACUGCCUCUCUGGUCAAGGAUGUGAUAGGACUGCUCGAGAAGAUCCCUAAGCGAUCAGUUCCUUCUGAGCAGCUGUAUGCCAUGGCUAUUGUCCUGAAGACAGACAUUGAUGCCGUGGAGAGAGAGGAUGAGAGUGCUGUGUUUACAGAAAAGACACUGAACCAGUACCUGACAGCACAGAAUAUUAUAUUACAACAGAUGGAGGACCUUGGGGAGAAGAUUGAACACUACUACCCUAAGGGAGAGAAGUCCCACUUCUCUGCUCCUGUAGGUCCCAUGCGGAACAUCUACCUCCCACAUGUGCUGCGCCUAGCCCAGAUCAAGUUGAGAGUGGGCCACGCUAUGGCACGUAAUGCUGCCAAGUACAUUCGUGGAGGAACUGACAAUGACCCUGUGGUUACCUGGACCCACGCCCUGGGGGUACUGACCACUGCUCGGGAGCUGUCUCAAGUGGCAGUGAUGAGGGAGGCCAACCUAGAGGCUGAGAUCUUACUCCAACUUGGUAAAGUCCAGAGGAUGCUGGUAUACAUGGGCAAGUUUAACCACAGAAAAGCAGCUGAGACAUUGAUUGACUCCAUCAAAAUCAGCUUCUCAACUGACCAUGAUUUAGGACUGAUGCGACAGGGCUACCUGGAGCUUGCUCAGGUCUACCUCCACAGCGUUGGUAUGGUCCUCAUCAAGGAGAACAGUACACUGGAGUUUGUGGCCGACUCUGGGGAAGACGCUGCAGCCAAGCAGGCCGCUGCCAAGAGAAAACUCAGAAGCAAGACUAAGACUAAAGGCAAACAACAGAGUAAGAAAGAGCGUUCAGGCACACAGAGCUCAAUGAAGUCACAAGGCGAUAAGCCAGAUGAGAUGGCGGAUGUAGACAAGGAGAGGCGAGCAGCCUGGACGGCUAUUAGGUGUGCUGCGGCCUUGGGUCAGGCCCAGCGCUCCCGCAUUCUCCUCAUCGGGGACACCUCCGUCACAUCACAGCCUCUUACUGACGAUGCUCAGAAGCAGGUUCCUGAGUUUAUAGCACUUGAUCUUGUUAGUGACUUUGUCCUCGGGGAAAGGAAGAAAGUGUAUAAAAGCCAAAUAGAGGAAGAGUUAGCUCCCCUGAUAGAGGCCAAUGAGGUGAAGCAUAUUGAUACUUAUGAUGAGCAAGUGAUGAAGGCUCAGGAGGGAGCCAAGGAACUCAGCUGGAUACACUUCCUAGGCUACCAGAGUAUACUCCAGAGAUUGUGCAACACAUCCACGAUCUCGGCUUCCAGUCACAAAUCUAACCGAAAGGAAAAAGAUCCAGAGGAAGAGGAGCUUCCUGAGUUUGAUCUUGGUUUCAUCAGUCAUGCCCACUCGGACACCACUGUGAACCAUGACAUGAUCCGGUCGAUGCUGUUCUCGGGAAUGUGGUCCAGACGACUUACCAAGAUCCAUGAUUAUCUAGCCAACAACCUCCAGGCCUACAGGUCAGAAUGCUGUGGUAUCUAUCCCCCAGAACAGCUGGUGCUGCCCCCUACUGACACCAAUUAUGACCUCGAUGUGACCUUCAAGUCUUAUACUUCAAAUCUCACAGUUGACACAGACAAUUCUAUUGUCAUGGCAACUGUGGCAGAGCCUGGAGAGGCACCGCUCCCUCCUGGGACAGUGAUCAAGCCUUACAUGCCCUCAGAUAAGCCAAUUAUCUCCCCUGCAGACAUGGAGGUGGCACUGCAGUUCUACCAGCCAUCCCUGGAGGAGAAUGACCCCCAGAGCCCAGAAGCAUCAGGGGCAGAAUCGCGCAUCCUUUUGAUGCAUGCCAUUUAUAAAAAAAUGGGCUCUGUUUGUCAGCCGGGCGUGCAGUGGGUGUCCCUGUCACAGCUCAACGACCUUCAUGACAGGUUGGCUGUGCUGGCUCAGAGGGCAGAAAUCUCCCUGGUAGAGAAGAAGAAGAAGGAUCUUGUGGCACCUUCUCCAACCCCUGCCUCCAAACCCAAAAAGGGUCAGAGAAUCAAGGCCCUUUCCCCAAAGGUUGAACGGGAUGAGCGACUUGAGGACUUUCUUCCCAUCGAGAACCUGCUGAAGCAGUGUUUGGAUGAUGUAAAGACCCUGCUUGGUCUGCCCCACGCCAACUCCAUCGGGGAAUUGUCGGAGAAAGCCGAGAAGGAGAAAUCAGAAAAGGCAGAGAAAGAGAAAGCAGAGAAGACAGAAAAAUCUGAGACUGGAUCUGUGGUUUCUACAGAGCUGCCAUUUGAGGUGACGAAAAAGAACAUUGCAGCUUUAGAGAGUCUAUUUGACCCGAGCUUUGGCUACACGGCUCAAGGCACUGACAUCGUCCAGUGGCUUCUCAAGGUCAUCAAGUCCUAAGACGUUAUAGUGACCUUCCAUUGAUGACUGAAGAUUAUCAAGACUCAGUGGUCCAGUGGCUGUUCAGUGUCAUCAAGUCCUGGGGACAUUUUUCAAUGAAUACUGAAGGUCGUUCCCUACAUGUUACUGUGAUUGAAUUCUGUCAUUUGUGCUUAGAACUUUCCAAAAUUGUGAUAUUAUUGAACUACAUUAAUGAUUUAAAACUGUGAUAGAAAGACUAUGAAAAGAUUGCUUUGCUUCCAUUAAUUGAUAUCCAUCCACUAUACUACUGCCUUUUGUGUGAUUUGCAUCUUUUCUACAGUAUUGCAUAUCUAUAUAAGAAAGAUGAUACAAGAUGUUGAAAUCUGUGAUAGAAAAAAGUUAAGUUAUGAAUAUUGUUUUAUUCCAUUGAUUUGUAUAUAUAUAUGGUCAUUAUCCUAUUAAUAUGUAUUUUAUGAUGAUGUAGGUUUUUAUGCUGUUAAAAAGAUAUUAUUGAAUUGAAGUGUAAAUGUAUUUGUUAAAUGUAUUCCGUCCAUUGAUAGCUGAUUAAUAGUACUGGAGAACUUAAACUACCCGUCAAAGGGGCUGCUAUAAAUAUUAUGAUCUUUUAUAAGGCAGGAUACCCAGUGCUCUAAGCUAUAUGUUGUAUACAUGUCUCGAGUUAAUCCUUAACAACCAGCUAGACAUGUUGUCACGGCUUGGGCAUUUAUGGACCGGACCGUUAGCGCUAAAGUUUGAAUGUAUGAUACAGUUUUGGUACAUUGCUAGGCAAACCAACAGGACCCUAGAAUACAGUUAACGCUCUUGUUUAUGAGCUACUUAAAUACUGUAUACCACUGUCAAGUAUUCAUAAUGUAUCGACUAUCAAAUGUUUAGAAUUAUUUUAUUUUUAAAUAUUUUGUAACAUCAAAACUCCAAUAAAAAUACUUUUUGUAAUAAUUUAUUUUCAAUAAACAAUAUAUUGGAACUCAUUCCAAAAUCUU